AGAUUUUCACGGCAUCUCUCUCCAGAAGUUGAACAGCGCUAGCGAUAGAGGGGGCGUACGUGGGGGUCAACACGCCAAGAGGGCGCACGUUUGGAGAGAUACUUAGGGCUGAUAUCAACCCUGGUUGGAUUAACAUAGUGCGUCCCUGUUGUGCCGGGUCACUUUUUGCUAAUUCUUCUUUGGCGCUCGAAGUUUGGGAACACAGCAGAGGGGAGCUUUCUUUCUGCUCAGAAAGAAAGUUUUUCCAUCCCUUGACCUUCUCAGAUUAGACAGAUCAGAGGGGAGUGGUAUUUGUGGAAGAUGGCUUGUCAGGCUCUGACAUCCCCUGCGAUACACGGCAGCUUUAACACAGCGGCUUUGCGAACCUCAGCAGCCGGUCCAUCAAGUCGAAACAGCCUCCCUUUCCAUCCUCUUCAGCAUCCACAUCCAUUUUUGGCAUCGCGCCAGUCUUUCAAAAAGGUACGGCAACAUAGACGUGCAAGGAUAGUGUGCUCUGCUGCACAAGGCAGCAAUGGGGAGGGUGGUGAUGAGGUUAUCACCAGGUUCACCGAAGAUCUGAAGCAGAAGGCGGCAGAGUUUGCUGAGUCAGCGAAGAUGAAAGCAGCAGAACUUGCUGAAGACACGCAGGCCAAGGCUGCCGAUCUCGCGGAAGAGGCAAAGCGCCGGUAUGCCCAGUUUGAAAUUGAGAACGACCCCCAGGGCAAGGCCCAGGAGGCGUGGCGCCAGGGCAAGGUCAAGGCUGCAGAGAUUGGGGACGAUCUGCGGCGCACCGCUAGCCGCAUCGACCGGGAUUACAAGGUGACUGACAAGGUGAAGGAGAUCAAGGAGACGGUGCAGGAGAAGGCGGACGAGGUCGACCAAAAGUAUUCAGUACGGCAGAAGGCGACCACCGCCUGGGAGAGUGCGCAGAGGAACUGGCCCACGUUCCAGCGGCGAGUUAGCGAGUGGUUGGAGACGCCAAUUGGGAGAACAGCAUCGUGGAUCGCGGUGGCGUACCUGAUUCUGUCUGGCUGGAUCUUCUCCAUUCUGAGCUGGCUCACCUUCGUCAGCUUUUGGGUGCUCCCCUUCCUAGGCCCCAUGAUUCUCAGAUCGUUGCGCGGUAACGUCGUUCAGGGUCAGUGCCCUGUUUGCAAGACACCGUUUGCGGGGCCUCGGAGCUCGGCUCUCUCGUGCAGGAGAUGCGGUGGCAUCGUAUGGCAGCCCCGUAAAGACUAUUCAAGAGCGGACAGCAAACCAGUGACUAUCAUCGAUAUCGAGCCAGAGUAAGGGUCUGGUUUAUUGGAGCAACGGGUAUCAGGUCUGCUAGCUUCAUGCAGUCGCUAGUCAGCGUUACGGAGCUUGUUCGUUUGGCUCGUGGUAUCAUUAGUAUAUCAGUCAAGUUGUACAUCUGUAGGGGUACUAUGGAGAGCUUGCAAGGCGUUCUGAUGCACAGCCUGCAGCCUCAGGCAGCAGUUGCGGCAGAAGAAAGCGGUAUGUCAAGGGGAAGUAGAGGCGGAUGAGCUCUUAAGCCGCCCGAGAUAGGUCGACCUGUUGAAUUCUCGGUUACGAGGUUACUGCUCAUAUUUCAACUGAGACUUACAACGGAUUACUUACUCGUGUAUGAUAUUGUGCACCAUCCGUGUCUCUCUUGGUAGAGGCAGUGAUCUUGAUUGGAGUAUUUGCACCGCA